AUGUCCACUCAACUCAAUACAGGGUCGUCAACAUCGAGAACAUCAAAAUCAAGAAAAUCCGAUUCGAAAAAAGGAUUUGGAAAAAAGAAUGUUGGAUCAUCAAUUACUCUUCAAGGAAUGAAGAAGAGAUUUCAAACAAUGCUAGGAAAAACUAAGGAUUCAUUUGAUGCUGUUGACCCAGUAACAAAACAAAUCAAAAAUCCUGCACCAUUAUUCUCUCAAAAUACAUCAGCAGAUAUGGCAGGAUCAUAUCAAUCGGGAAAUAUUUCUCCUUCAUCAGCAAGUGAAUCAAUUUCUGAUUUUGAUAGAGCUUCUUCAUACAGUUUCGGAAGAGAUAUUCCUCAAGGAGAGGCUAGUCAAGCUGGCUCAUCAAGUCCAUCUGUUGUGAGUGACGAUGAGGAGUCAUUUGUGUUCAGUGGUCCUGUGGGUAAUGAUGACACUUUCAGCACUGCUGGAUCUGUAGAUUUGAGUUUAGCUCAAGAUUUGGAUAAUAUUGGAGCAGUGGAUAGUUUUAUUAAAAAGAGUGACGUUCCUUCAAUAAGUUUGGAUCGUUCCAACGAGGAAAAAUUAACUGAAAAACAAUUGGAAAUGUUACAAGAAGUGGAUUUUACUAUAUCCUUAACAGAAACUGAAACAUUUUUCCUGUUUGAUAAAUUUGAUGAGAGUGUAAAGGUUGACGAUCCUAAGAUUGAAGAAAUUAGAGAAAAAAACAAGGUCUAUAAGGAAUUGCUGAAAAAUAAGGAAAAUAAUAGAGAUAAUUAUAUGGAUAAACAUGUACAAACAAUGGAAAAGUUUUACAAAAACAAGAGAACAAACACUUCGAAGACAGAAUACGAAGAAGUUGAAGUUCAAGUUUCAGCUUAUCAAAUAUUUGAUGAUUAUAAAGAUAUUCGAGAAAGAGAAGAACGAGAAAGGGAAGAAAGGGAAAUAAUGACCUCACUAUCAAACAAGCAAGAUGAGGAAGACGAGGAAGAAGGAGAUUUGGAGGAUGAUGGAGCUGAUGAUAUCAGUGUUAAGAGUGGAAGAGUUGGCAGCGAAAAGACAUCUGUUUCAUCCUACCAAGAACUUGUAAUAACAAGAGCAGUUGUACAAAAUAUAUUCCAUAACAGACAAAAACGAUACAUUAAUGCAGAUGAUAGAGAUGUGCCUUUAUUACCACUUCCUGAAGAACAAUCUGAAACUAAAGAAGUUCAAGAGGAGGUUGCCUCAAAAUCGCCAAACGACUCUCAAGAAACUCCAAGAAGUGACACUUUCGAAGAGGAAGAAGUUGCUAAAGGAGAGGACGAAAAAGAAAAGGAAAGGGAGGAUGAAGAAAAAGAUAAGGCUGAAAGUGAUACUGAAGAAGAUGUUGUCAACACUAAACCAUCAGGAGUUCUCACAACUCUUUGGGAAUAUAAUUGUGAUGUGGUUAAAAACUACAAUGUCAACAACCUCACAUGGAAUAAGCAGAAUAAUGACAUACUGGCAGCAGCUUAUGGAUCUGGAGAUGUUACUGAUUUACAUCAAUCUAAUGGUGUCAUUCUCUGUUGGAAUGUUAAGAAUCCAGCCUACCCAGAACGUAUUCUUAAGGUAGAUGGAGCUGGUGUUAACAGUGUAAAUUUCUCUGCCACUAAUCCUAGUAUUUUGGCAGCUGGUUUAAGUGAUGGUACUGUAUCAAUUUACGAUAUCAGAAGAAAGGAAAAUACGCCAGUAAUGGAAACUAUUAAGAGUCAUACAGGUACAGUUUGGGAUCUAAAAUGGGUAAAUCGAGGAAAGGAUGUUGGCGAGAAAUUGCACUCGGUUGGUGUAGAUGGUAGAGUAAAUUCAUGGACAAUUAAGAAAGGUUUGGAAUCAUCAGAAAUAAUGAGAUUGAAGAGAAUAGGAAGAGCAACAGAUAUGGGAGGAGAUGCCAUGAUUUCAAGAGAAUCGGGUGGUAUGAGUAUUGAUUUCUCACCUUCUGACAAUUUGAUUUAUCUUGUUGGUACAGAAGAUGGUGCUAUCUUCAAGUGCUCUAGCUCAUAUAAUGAACACCCUCUUGAAACAUACAUUGAUCACACAGGUCCUGUUUACUCUGUGAGAUGGAAUCCUGUCGUUCCUGACAUGUUUAUUUCUUGUAGUGCUGACUGGACAGUGAAGAUAUGGAAUCAAGAAUCAUUAACACCAAUAUUUACUAUCGAGUCAUACUCUGAGAAGAGUGAUCAACGUUCUUACUCUGUGACAGAUGUUGCUUGGAGUAAGUAUUGCUCGACAAUGUUUGCUACUUCAUCCAUUGUUGGAGAUUUGGAGCUUUGGGAUUUGAGCUAUUCAACAGUUAGACCAAAAUAUUCCAAGACAAAACCUGGAAAGCUGAAUUGCACAAUAUUCGCUGAAGAUGUUCCAAUUGUGUUGGUUGGUGAUAGUAAGGGUUCAAUUGAGGUGUUAAGAGCAGAAGAUGCUGAAAAAUCACAAGAAUCUCAACUUGAAAAGUUUUUACAAUAA